CAAGUGUAGUCCACACUGUUGCCUCUGAGGCAGCGCUGUUGCAGAUUCGCAGGUACUAUCAAGAUUACUGUAAUCGCGAAUAAAUGAACAGUCUGACAUGUUAAGAUCAGUAUCGAGUUCGAGUCCUUCUGUGGUCUCCAUCGAGCUUGAGAUCUAGGCUUGGGGACAACACAGCCACAAGUGGUCUGCUUUUGACUUGCACUGGUACAGUCUCAGCGAACUCACCCGAGGGUUGCAUGUCUGUCUUGCUUCGUCUGGUGCGGCCUACCGCGCCAACAGUAGGUCGGGCUUACUCGUCCUUUUUCUCCUCAAAACCCGGAGGCGGAAGAUAUUUUAAUUCAAGCAAGCCUCCCAAACCAGUGGUGCACACUGCUAAGGCCAAGGUCGACGGUACUACCCACGGUACCGUCCCAGUUGCAGAUCCUAAUGGAAACUCGACCGUUAACGACGGCGUGGGCGUCUCUGGGAGCGGAGAACCCUCUGCGCAGUCGCAAAGUUCACUCCCAAAGCCUUCCAGCAUGACCUCACAGCCCAUGCUUGGUGUUUCUGAGAGCAAUCAUCCUCCUUCAUAUUCUACAUAUCACCAAGUGUUAAUUCAUCCUUCGGUGACGGCAAAAGAGUUUAAGCUCCAUCAAUUCUUUUCAUUAUAUCGCCCUUUGCUUUUGCUCAAUCAACCAUCGUCCACGCUCUUCGAUUCCGUCAGUCCUUCCGCCCUGCCGUUCUCAACUCCCGCGGACUCGGUCAAUACCCGGCACACCUCGUUUACCACCAUCGAUGACCCACCCGAGUCGUCUACAGAAGCAGAUGCUGACGCCGCUCGCCAGUUGGCCCACGCUCUGGUCGCCAACCGUGUUGGAGCUUCCAUGGCUUGGCAACAAUCCGUGUCUCGUCUCGGCUUGUCACAAGAGUCUUUUGUUGGUGACUUGAUAUCUGCCAAGGAGUUGGCACAGGAGUGGGUCGGUAUCUAUGCUGACAGUACAAGGCGGAAGAAACGGAAGAAGAUGAAGAAACACAAGUUAAAGAAGCGUCGCAGACUGACACGCGCAGCCCGUCAAAAUGCAAAAUGAUCGGUGGUUCUUGCGUACGGCGCUGGACAAUAGAAUGUGUCAGUCAUCAUUUCCCUUAACGG